GCGGGGCACGCCGGGAAACGCCGCCGACGCCCAAGAUGGCGGUAGGAUUGAAAAGUUGGAGCCGGAGCGGCGGCGGAGCUUUCUCGCUCUCGGCUUGAAGCCUCUGGGGAUCCCCCCAAAGGCGGCGAUGGCGGGGCAGUGAAAGCCGAGGGGAGCCCGGCGGGGAAGAUGCCUCCGGGCCCCACCUGAGACAUGGAGGAGGAAGGCAAGAGGGGCAAAAAGCCUGGGAUUGUGUCCCCCUUCAAGAGGGUCUUCCUGAAAGGGGAGAAGGGGCGGGACAAGAAAGCCCAGGAGAAAGUCACCGAACGGCGGGCGCUGCACACGGUCCCGUUGGCCUUACCGGAUCGCUUUGAGCCGGACGUCCUGUUGAAUGACUACAUCGAGAAGGAAGUGAAGUAUUUGGGCCAAAUAACGUCAGUUCCCGGAUAUCUGAAUCCCUCCAGCCGCACCGAGAUCCUCCAUUUAAUCGACACCGCAAAGCGGGCUCACCAGCUUCCCGGCCAGCUGACUCAUGAGCACGACGCCGUGGUCAGUGUCUCGGCUUACAACGUCAAGCUGCUGUGGCGCGACGGCGAGGACCUCAUCCUCCGGGUGCCCAUCCACGACAUCGCCUCCGUCUCGUACAUCCGGGACGAUUCCUCCCAUCUGGUGGUGUUGAAAACAGCUCAGGACCCCGGCAUCUCCCCCAGCCAAAGCCUUUGCGCCGAAAGCACCAAAGUGCUGACCUCCGGCUCUCUUUCGGAGAGCGGCGUGGUGCCCGUCGAAGCCUGCUGCCUGGUCAUCCUCGCCACGGACAAUAAGGUCGCCAGCGAGGAACUCUGCUCCCUUCUCAGCCAAGUCUUCCACAUCGUUUACACUGAAUCUACUAUCGAUUUCCUGGACCGAGCCAUCUUCGAUGGGGCCAGCACCCCUACGCGGCAUCUCUCCAUCCACAGUGACGACUCGUCAACCAAAGUGGACGUUAAAGAUCCGUACGAGACUGAAGCGAGCACGUUCUCUUUCCCAGAAUCCUUAGAGAUGGGGGGAAACUCCCCUACUUCCUUCUCGGCCCAGCCGUCGCCCCCCACCAAAACAGCCAGUGACAGCGAGUUGAGCACAACUGCCACCGAACUCCUGCAGGACUACAUGAUGACGUUACGGACGAAGCUUUCCUCGCACGAGAUCCAACAGUUCGCCAUGCUUCUGCACGAGUACCGCAACGGAGCCUCCGUCCAUGAGUUUUGCAUCAACCUGCGACACCUCUAUGGGGACAGCCGGAAGUUCCUUCUGCUGGGUCUCCGUCCCUUUAUUCCCGAGAAGGACAGCCAAUACUUCGAGAACUUCCUCGAGACUAUCGGUGUCAAGGAUGGCCGGGGGAUCAUCACAGAUAGCUUCGGACGAUACCGGCGGACGGUGAGAUCCGUCUCCAACUCCGCCACCAACGGCAAUGGCGCCACCGGAAGCUCUGACGACCAGUCGGUGCCGUCGGAGGGCGAUGAGUGGGACCGGAUGAUCUCGGACAUCAGCAAUGACAUUGAAGCCUUGGGGUGCAGCUUGGAUCAAGAUUCGUCGUGAUCGGGCAAGGGCGCCGAGAGACAUUGGAACUUUCGAUCCCGCGCCACCACCCCUUCCCCCCCCCCCCUCUCCUUUCCCCCAUCCCCCCCCUGAGACUCUCAACCCCCUCCGGCCAUUUCUCCAAGUGUGGGUGCCCAUCACUGUGUGUGUCAGUGUGAGUGUGUGAGUGAGGGGAUUGUGAAGAAGCCACAAACCCCAGGAAGGUCCUCAGAAGCUUCUUGGGGGGGGGGCUAUUACACACACACACACACACACACACACACAUACACACACACACACGGUUUUCCACACCUUUCUAACGCUUGUCCUUACAUUUCAAAAGCAGGAGACGACUUGGUGGAGAAGCAGUUGAGGCGCUCCAGAGCUCCAUCCGUUGGUGGGAGAUAAGCUCCUUCUGACGACGCCAAUGGGGCUGAUCUUCCUGGGAGUCGUUUGGGAGGUCUAAUAAGUUGGGUGGGAGGGCGCAGUGAAUUUGAACUCGGGGCUCCCUAUGGGAAGGCGGGGUUGACCUCAGGGAGGGUGGAGAACCUGUUUGAGAAACGCAGGUCUCCUUCAAGACAAGCCGCAGCUCCUUCGCUCGUCCCCGUGGGUCCAAACUUUCCCCGAUCUUGGCCAAAUGCAGUCCGUUCCAAGGGGCCGGACCUCAGUGAGGAGCCUGGCCUCCGUAGCACAAGCAGGGCAUUGUGGGUGUGGGUGGGUGUGUCUCGUGGUGGACUUCCACCAAGAACUUCAUUGGAGAACCAACUGAACGCAAACGAAACGUUUUUAAAUCCUGGUUUGUUUUUUUUAAGAGCAAGAAGCAGAGGGAAUAUAUACAUAUGUACAUGUGUUGUAUAUAUUAUACAUACAAAUGCACAGAUAUUUUUCUAAGCGUGUUU